AUGCCUGUUACAUUCUUGUCAUUGCCAAAGCUACUAGCUCUCUUGGAAUCCUCUCCGAGAUUUAGGGAUGCGCUUCGGAUUCAUGCACAGCUUAUCGCCGGUGGCCUCCACGAAAACCCAAUCGCCCUUCGGAAGGUCGUCUCCUUUUUUGCUCUCGCGAGUUCCGGCGACAUCGACCAUGCGCUUCUUGUCUUCUCCCAAAUCGAGAAGCCAGGAAUCUUCUACUGGAACACCCUCAUCAGAGCCUAUUCUAAGACGCCUGCUCAUCGAAAUGCACUCUUCCUUUAUAAACAGAUGCUCCAUUCCUUUACUUCACCGAACAACUAUACAUUCCCCUUCUUGGUCAAUUCAUGUGCAAGGUGCGGGACGCCAGAAUCCGGUAUGCAGGUUCAUUCGCAUAUUAUAAAGAACGGGUUCGAUACAGAUUUGUUUGUUGUGAAUGCUAUGAUGCAUAUGUACUCAGUAUUUGGUGAUAUGGAUUCUGCACGCGAACUGUUUGAUAGGAGGCCUACGAGAGAUGUAGUCUCAUUCAACACCAUGAUCACUGGAUAUUCUCGUGGAAAUGAUCCUGUAGAUGCAUUGUGUGUAUUCAGAGAAAUGAUUAUCUUGGGCGUCAAGCCUGAUGAAUAUACUAUGGUAGGUCUGCUGUCCGCCUGUGCAAAAUCGGGAGACGCACGCAAAGGAAAGCAGAUUCAUCUUUUCAUCUGCAAAAGCUGGGAAAUUGAUAUGAAUUUAAUCUUAGAAAGUGCACUGAUUGAUAUGUACGCAAAGUUGGGGUUGAUGGAUACCGCAAGUAAGCUGUUCGGCAGAAUGAGGAAGAAAAGCCCGAUGUCGUGGAGCUCUAUGGUGUCUGGGUAUGCCAAAAUCGGGGAGAUUGAAAAUGCAAGACUUCUGUUUGCUAACAUGCCUGAAGCAGAUCCAGUAACGUGGACAGCCAUGAUCAGUGGCUAUUCUCAAGCAGGAUAUUUUGCAGAGGCAUUGCAACUGUUUGAAAAAAUGGAGAUGGAAGGCCUUAAGUUAGAUGAAGUAGCUUUGGUCUGUGCCCUUUUUGCUUGCGCUGGCCUCGGUGCACUAGAUGUUGGCAAGAGACUUCAUGGCUACAUCAAGAACAGGUCAAUUGAGCAAAACUCGGUUCUGAUGACUGCUCUUGUGGACAUGUAUUGCAAGUGUGGCUGCAUAGAUACUGCUCUGGAGGUUUUCUAUGGAGUUACCGAUGAUAAAAAGAGCGUCUGCCUCUUCAAUGCCAUGAUUUCUGGCCUGGCCCAACAUGGGCAGGGGAAGAAGACACUCGAUCUACUUGCUGACAUGGAGGAUUCAGGCCUGAGACCAGAUGCGAUCACCUUUGUCAGCGUUCUUUCAGCAUGCAGCCACAGUGGUCUUAUUGCAGAAGGCGUGCAACAAUUUUAUUCCAUGAUCAAAUUUCAUGCCAUCAUUCCACAAAUCGAGCACUACACUUGCGUGGUUGAUCUCCUCGGUCGAGCGGGAUUCCUAAAGGAGGCCAAUGCAUUUUUAGAAAAAGUGCCAAUAGAAGCAAAUUCUGUAGCUUGGAGAGCUUUGUUAGGCGCAUGUGAGGUCCAUGGAAAUGUUGAGAUUGGUGAACUUGUUGGGAGGAGACUUCUCCAACUCGACCCUCUCCAUGGCGGCAGGUACGUCCUUUUGUCGAACAUAUUUUCAAAAUCAAGCAGGUGGGAUGAUGCUCGGAAGAUGAGGGAACUGAUGUCUGGGAAUGGAAUCCAGAAACCACCUGGGUGGAGCCUAAUUGAGCUCAAUGGUAUCCGUCACCAGUUCUUGGUGAACGACAACUCUCAAGCCUGUACUGGGGACGUCCAUUUUAUGCUGGAAAUUCUAGGAAAAGAUUUGAAGUCUGCCGGAAAUGUGCCUGACAACGAUCAAAUAUUGGAUAAUUUAUAUUAA